CGCGGGGCUCCCGGCGCCGGGGGGCCAUGCGCCCGGAGGCGCCGGCAGCCCGGGGACCCGGCGCAACUUGCCGGGCAUCCUGAGGAGUUGGGGUGGCCGCGGGCUCGUCGCCGCGGCUCCCGGCAGCCUUUCUUCCUCUUCUCCAGACUCCCCCCAUCCUUUUGGGCCGUGGGGGAAGGGGGCUCCUGUUCCCCCUCCGGGGAGGCCCGGUCCGCCCCCGCCCGCUCUCGCCCCGGCGGAGCCGCGCAACUUCCCGGGAGCCGGGGCCAAAGUGAGCGCAAAGUGGUGCCCAAGUUGCUGGGAUGGAGCUUCAGAGCCGGCCCGAGGCGCUCGCCGUGGAACUCGCGCGCCACCAGAACGGCGACCUCAAGAAGCAGCUCCACGAAAGGCAGCCGCGGAUCGCCGCGCUCAGCGACAAACAAGCUUUGGGAACCAUCACUGCAGUGCCUGUCACGGGUCCUCAGGUCAGCUCCUUGCAGAGGUUGGCCGGGCAAGGAGCGGCAGUGCUACCUCAGGUUAGGCCAAAGACUCUGAUCCCAGACAGCCUCCCCGUCACCCCGGGCAGGGAUCUGGCCCCCAAGCAGCCCCCAACAUUCCAGAAAGCCACCGUGGUCAGUAUCAAGAACCCCAGCCCAGCCCUCCCCACUGCCAACAACACCGUGAGCCAUGUGCCAACGCCCGGCAGCCAGCCCCAGGCCCUCGCCGAGCCCGCCGCCAUCACCUCUUCUCUGAGUAGUGCCGGGGUGGCCUACGCCAUCAUCUCCAGCGCCCCCAGCAAUGCCGCCGCCAUCGCCCCCAGCACCGCCGUGUCUGUGGUCAAUGACAGCGUCAAGGUGCAGCCCCUUCUCAUCAGGGCCGACAACAAGGUCAUCAUCAUUCAGCCUCAAGUGCAGACACAGCCAGAGAGCACGGCAGAGGCGCGGCCGCCCACGGAGGAGCCAUCUCAGGGAUCUCAGGCCACCAAAAAGAAGAAGGAAGACCGGCCCCCGAGCCAGGAGAACCCUGAGAAAAUCGCCUUCAUGGUAGCGCUAGGCCUGGUUACGACGGAGCACUUGGAAGAAAUCCAGAGCAAGCGCCAAGAGCGGAAGAGAAGAAGCACAGCCAACCCUGCCUACAGCGGCCUCCUGGAGACAGAGAGGAAGCGGCUGGCGUCCAACUAUCUCAACACCCCCCUGUUCCUCACAGCACGAGCCAAUGAGGAGCCCUGCUGGAAGAACGAGAUCACCCACGAUGAGCACUGUGCUGCCUGCAAGCGAGGAGCCAACCUGCAGCCCUGCGGCACCUGCCCGGGGGCCUACCACCUUAGCUGCCUGGACCCGCCCCUCAAGACAGCACCCAAGGGCGUGUGGGUGUGCCCCAAGUGCCAGCAGAAGGCCUUAAAGAAAGACGAAGGUGUGCCGUGGACCGGGAUGCUGGCCAUUGUGCACUCCUACGUCACCCACAAGACAGUCAAAGAAGAAGAGAAGCAGAAGCUGCUGCAGAGAGGCAGCGAGCUGCAGAGCGAACACCAGCAGCUGGAGGAGCGGGACCGGCGCCUGGCCGUGGCGGUCCAGAAAUGCCUGGAGCUCAAGACGAGCCUGCUGGCCCGGCAGAGAGGUACCCAGUCGUCCUUGGACCGCCUACGGGCCCUCCUCAGACUGAUACAGGGCGAGCAGAUGCUCCAGGUCACCAUGACGACCACCAGCUCUGCCCCGAUGCUGGCUGGGCCCUGGACCAAGCCUUCAGCAGCAGCCAUGCACUCUGCCCUCCAGCACCCCCAGGGACACAACUGACCCCGAGGGACCCUGAGGUCUUCACACCUACGGAAGUCACUGGGACCCUGCUCACAAGACCUGAGGGUUCUGUCAGCCUUAAUUCAUAAACACUAUGAAUUUCAGACAAAAAUAAAACCAGAAAGAGAGACAGAGGAAAAAAGGGAGAAGAAGCUGGGUGAGAGUCCUAAUCCUAGAUCCCGGACAGGUGGGGAUAGUCCUAAACCCUUUGCGUUCGGACAGCACAUCUGGAAGCCGGGUGGGGCCCACAGUUGGCCUGGCUGUGGUGGACUGCCCAGGCCUCCGGCUUCCGGCACAGCGUCUCCACGGCCUCAUGCAAUGGUGUGAAGGGCCAGGGCCCCCAGCUGUGGGCCACCGCCUGUCCAGUGUCCUGCGGGGAAGGAGCCGAGAACGCAGACGUAGCUGAGUAGAACAGGUAGUUGGGACAGAGGUGGGUAGCGAUUCUAGGUAGGACUCCGCCGUCCCUCCCUCGCAGGGGCCCAGCCCUGGGCCUGGGCACUCCCAGCGCCUUUUCAGAACAGCCGCGCCCCUGUCUGUCAGUAUUAUUAGCGUUAAGAAUCGCAGCUGUCUAACUUGAACCUGUGUGACGUGCGUUCCGAGGGGACGCUGCCGUGCUCGCCUGCCAGGGCCUCCGUCCCGUCCCCGGCAUUUCGGGGUGCCCUCACCGCCAUGCGCCUCCUUCCUCUUGCUGAUCCUUUGGACUCUGCUAUCGAUGUAUUUUUCUCAUGGAGUUUUUGGGCCAGAGGGAGCUGCUACCAUGCAGGGGAGGCAUUUGGCAGGUUUUCUAUUUUGGGUUGAAUCAUUCAACUUACAACUGAAGCCUUUUAUUUUCUCCUUUCGAAGAGCCGAUAAAAUAUUCCAUUCCUCUUUUCUUGCCAGUACAGACACUAUGCCAAAAAAUAACUUUACAUUUUUGUGUGGCGUUUUUAUUGUAAGAUAUUUAAUGUGAAGGGGGGGACACUCGCUGACUUCUUUUUCUGCUCACAGUGGUCUCUGCUGCAAGGUACGAAGGGGCAACCCUUCCCGAGGGGCUGCCAAACUGGAGACAUCCAGGAGAGGUUUUAAGAAGUGGGGCAAGGGUGGGGAGGAACAAAGGGCGGUGGCCUCAGGAGGGUUCGGCUUUGGACACUCGAAUCCCUGUUCGUGCUGUGUCCUUGAGAGCUGAGCGUGCAUGCGCUCGCUGUCUCGAAAGGGCUCCUGCGUCCUGGGGGGCGGGGGGUCGUGCCAGCUCAUCACACCCACCAGCUUCUCCAGUCCCGACAGACUUACCACAACAGGUGAGCGUCUCGGAGCCACAGGGCUCCCACCCCCAGCAAAUCACACGGUGCCGAAUUGCAUUGCACACACGUGUGUGUGCGCCCACGGCCCCAGACACGCACGCACACAUGCAUGCAGACAGGUGCAGAGCAGGGAGGCUGGCCAGAAUCCCACAGACUGCCACCUCCCUCCUCUCAUUGUCACGACUCCGGGAGAAACUGUGCUGUACGAUACAGAUCUAUUUUAAUACACAACACUGGGUUGAACAAGAUUUUUAUAUUCUUUUAUUGAUGAACAAAGUGAACGGUGAGACACACGUCUUCUGUAUUGGUUGCUGUGGAUGCCAAUUACGCAUUACCGCGUGGCUUGCGAUGUAAAUGUCUUCAGGUUCCUUUUCGUUGGUUUGUUUUGUUCUUGGAUGGAUUGGAUUCAAUUUUUAAAAAAUGUAAUGGGAGGAGAUGAAAGGUUGGACCCAGGAGGGGUAGCUGCCGACGUGUCUUGAGACUUAGCUUUUUGGACCAAGGAGGCCCGUCGAGUGCAUAGUGAGGAUAGAGAACAGUGUUCGUCUUGAAUAUGCCCGUGUAGUUUCCUUCUGUACGACACAUUAAACUUGAUUGAUGAU